GUACAACAAGCAUACAAUACCAGUGUAUACACACACCAUGAUAUGUACGCGCGCAUGCGUGUGUGUAUAUAGACUGCUGCUGCUGCUACUAUUACAAGGACAAUAUCAAGGAAAAUAAUUAUAAUAAUAAUAAUAAUAUACAGUAUUCUGAUGCUAAGACAGGAAUCUUGUGUUAUUUCUUUUGGAGAUGAUCAAAAUGGAAGAAGAUAAAGAAAAAGAACUUUUUCAAUAACUACCUACAGUUUGUGUGUGGUGAGUGUGUGCACAUAUAUACAUACAUAUAUAUAUAUAUGUAUGCAUUUAUGCACACCAAAUAUCUUUAUACAAGGUUGGCUUGCACGAAACAUUAGGUAGGGUUUCAUGCCUUGUUAAAGACACUCACACACAACCAUAUAUACAUAUAUAUAUAUGUAUCACAAACACACACAUAUAUAAUAUAUAAAUCUUUGGCAGACACAAUCAUAUAUAUUAUUACUACAGACAUAAACAUAUGUAAAUACACCAUAAAUUGUCACUCAGAUUUAUUGUUUUUGGGGGUUUUUUUCUUUGUGUUUUUUUAAAACAAUUUGAACACAAAAUCAGAAGAAAAAGAUGUUACAUUGACUGAAUAAAUAGCAAAAAAUAUUGAUAAUAUCAGUGGUAAAAUAUGGCUGCCUGUUGGUGGAUUUUUAAUGAAAUGAUGAUUGGAGGUGGUGAAAUGAGACGGAGGGAUAGAGAGAGCUGCUGCUUGUGGGGUGAGGGGAAACGAGAGAACAUGGUGGUGGUUGACUGACAAACACAUGGAUAUGGUUAUUUUGGAAAAAUACAUAAAGUGUAUAUUCUGGAUAAGUCAUGGAAAGUUCAAUGAAAGUUGUUGAAAAGUGUCGGAGAAUGAUACAAGGAGACACUGUGAAAGACGUGGAUAGAUAAUGGAUACUGAGAAAUUUUGUGGAAGAUGUAAAGGAAAAUACCAACAGAUUGGUUAUGAGAGAUAUGUCACAGAAAAGCUGAAGACAUUGUUAGAAGAGAUGAGGAGAUGCCAGAAGGAAGACAAAAAAUCAGAAGUUGCCAACAAAAUGGAGAUGUAUUGUGAAAGACAAAAGAUAUGCCACACAGAAUUGACACUCAAUCAAAGAACAUGGAGACAUUUUCGCAAAAAGACUUUAAUGAAGCCAUUUAAUCAAUCGCUGUGGCAAUCCCUGUGAUGUGGUGGUGGUAAUUCCUUAACAAAUUUGAGUCGAUGUUACAAUUUCUUUCUUUUUCAUUGUUGGAACUGUUCUCAUUUAACAUUACUAAUUCUUUUGGAAAAAGGCAUGAAUGCCACAAACCCAAUGAAGAAAAUUUUCUUUGGUUUCAUUUUUGUCUAACAAGCAAUUGUUUAUUUUCAUUUUUUUUUUUUUUAAAUGUUUUUUUUAAGGUGGCAAGCUGGUGGAAUCAUUGGCUUGCUGAAUAAAAAUGCUUAGCAGUAUUUCUUCAGAUUUAUUACGUCCUAACUUCAAAUUCUGUCAAAGUCGACUCUGCUUUUCAUCCUUCUUGUGGUUGAUAAAAUAAAGUACCAGUCAUUGGAGUCAAUGAAAUCGACUUGCCCCUCCCCUCAAAAUUGCUGGGCUUCUCCAGAAUUUAAAAAAACUUUGUAUUAUUAUUACGGCAAAAAGGUAGCAGAAUCGUUAGUGUGUUGAGCAAAGUGCUUAGCAAGCAUUUCUUUUGACUCGUUAUGUUCUGUGUUCAAAUUCUGCUGAGGUCAACUUUGCCUUUCAUCCUUUCGGGGUCGAUAAAAUAAGUACCAGUUGAGCACUGGGGUUGAUGUAAGCAACUUACCCCACCCAUCCGAAAUUGCUGGCCUUGUGCCAAAUUUUGAAACCAGUAUUAUUAUUAUUAUCAUUAUUAUUAUCAAGUUCAUCAUUUGGAGGUCAGACUCAAAAUACCACCACCCAACAUUAUUAUAAAAAGGAAAGAAAAUUGCAAAAUCACGUCAAAAUAUCUGAGAAAUGGUGGUGUAAAAUGCGAUUUUGUGGCAGAGAUAUCUGGAAGAUAUUUUACCAAAAAAAGAAAAAGACAAAAAUCUUCGGAGAAAUAAUAAAAAUGACAAAAGGAGUGAAAAGUGGGUUAAAUGAAUUCUGAAUGUUUUUCUUUUUCUUUUUCUUUUUUUUUCCUUUUUUUGUAAGGACAAAUUUUGCCCACUUCAGAACAUCAAGGAAGGACGCUCAUAAGACACAGACACUAAAUUAAAGGGAGGUAAUUUGAUAUCCAGCCUGUUUCACACGGUGGAUUAACUCCCUUUCCUCUGUGCUACCUUUCCGGUAACUGUCUUUUUAUGUCGUCGUCAUUGAAAUGAUCCGUAACCCUUAAUUUAUUUUGUAAUCUUGCUUAAAAGGGGGCCGAAAAUAAACGAAAAAAAGAAAAAGCAAACCAAAUAUGCUCGGCAGCUGGGUUGGUUAGCAAUGGGGAGGGAGAGACUGGUGGACCGGGGUUAUAACUAAACUGGGGGUCAAUGUUGGAGGAAUAAAAACAAGCUACUAAUUUCA